AUGCUGCUUCCCUGGCGGGGAGGCCCCGGAGCCCAGCGCCUGCUGCUCUGGCUUCUGCUGCUCUUUGCAGCCUGGCGGGCAGGGAGCGGCCAGCUGCGCUACUCGGUCCCCGAGGAGGCCAAACACGGCACGUUCGUGGGCCGCAUCGCGCAGGACCUGGGGCUGCAGCUGGCCGAGCUGGUGCCGCGCCUGUUCCGGGUGGCGUCCAGGGGCGGCGCGGACCUGCUGGAGGUGAAUCUGCAGAAUGGCAUCUUGUUCGUGAAUUCUCGGAUGGACCGUGAGGAGCUGUGCGGGCGCAGCGCGGAGUGCAGCGUGCACCUGGAGGUGCUGGUGGAGCGUCCUCUGCAGGUGUUCCACGUGGAGGUGGAGGUGAGGGACAUCAAUGACAAUGCGCCCGUGUUCCCUGAGAAGGAACAAAGAAUGCAGAUUUAUGAAUCGAGGCUGCCCGAUUCGCGGUUUCCGAUAGAGGCAGCAUCUGAUGCGGAUAUUGGUACCAACGCCCUUCUAAGGUACACCCUGAGCUCCAGUGAUUAUUUCUCCCUGGACGUACAGGCGAACGAUGAACUGGGUCAGUCUCUGUCCCUUGAACUGAAGAAAUCUUUGGACAGAGAGGAAACCCCAGAACUUCAUUUGUUAUUGACAGCUACCGACGGGGGCAAACCAGAGAUGACAGGGACAGUCCAGCUGCUGAUCACCGUGCUGGACGUGAAUGACAACGCCCCCCGGUUUGAGCAGGCGGUGUACAAGGUCCGCUUGCUUGAGACUGCCGCACCUGGGACACUGGUGGCCACAGUGAACGCCUCCGACGCCGAUGAGGGCAUCAAUGGCGAAGUUGUCUUUUCAUUUAGCAGUAAGGUUUCUCCCAACACCCAGAAGACGUUCCAAAUAGAUCCCAGUUCAGGAGAAAUUAGAGUAAUUGGUGAACUGGAUUACGAAGAAACAAAAUCCUAUGAAAUUCAGGUAAAGGCCGUCGAUAAAGGCAGUCCUCCCAUGUCCAAUCACUGCAAAGUGCUGGUGAAAGUUCUGGACGUAAACGACAACUCUCCUGAGCUGUCUGUCACCUCGCCAUCUUUGCCCAUCCCUGAGGACGCCCCACUGGGCACCGUCAUCGCCCUCAUCAGCGUGUCCGACCGCGACUCCGGCCCAAACGGACAGGUCACCUGCUCCCUCGAGCCCCACGUGCCCUUCAAGCUGGUGUCCACCUACAAGAACCACUACUCGCUGGUGCUGGACAGCGGCCUGGACCGCGAGAGCGUGUCUGGCUACGACGUGGUGGUGAGAGCGCGCGACGCGGGCUCGCCCCCGCGCUGGGCCAGCGCCAGCGUGCGGGUGGAGGUGGCCGACGUGAACGACAACGCGCCACAGUUCGCGCAGGCCGAGUACACGGUGUUCGUGAAGGAGAACAACGCGCCGGGCUGCCACAUCUUCACGGUGACGGCGCACGACGCGGACGCGCAGGAGAACGCGCGCGUGUCGUACUCGCUGGUGGAGCGUCGCGUGGGCGGGCGCGCGCUGUCGAGCUACGUGUCUGUGCACGGCGAGAGCGGCCGCGUGUACGCGCUGCAGCCGCUGGACCACGAGGAGCUGGAGGUGCUGCGCGUGGAGGUGAGCGCGCGCGACGCGGGCGCGCCGCCGCUGGGCAGCAACGUGACGCUGCAGGUGUUCGUGCUGGACGAGAACGACAACGCGCCCUGGCUGCUGGCGCGCGGCUCGGGCGGGCCUGCGGGGGCGGCGGUGGCUGCGAGCGAGCUGGUGCCGCGGUCGGCGGGCGCGGGCCACGUGGUGACCAAGGUGCGCGCGGUGGACUUGGACGCGGGCUACAACGCGUGGCUGUGGUUCGAGCUGCAGGCGGCGCCUGCGGGCGGCGCGCGCUGCCCGUUCCGCGUGGGCCUGUACACGGGCGAGAUCAGCACGACGCGCGCCCUGGACGAGCUGGACGCUCCGCGGCAGCGGCUGGUGGUGCUGGUGCGGGACCACGGCGAGCCGGCGCUCACGGCCACGGCCACGGUGCUGGUGUCGCUGGUGGACGGUGGUCAGGCGUCGCCGUCGUGGUCGCGGGCAUCGGUGGCGGCUGGCGCCUCGGCCUCGGCCUCGGCGGGCGCGCUGGGUGGUGCGUCGUCGCUGGUGGACGUGAACGUGUACCUGGUGGUGGCGAUCUGCGCGGUGUCGAGCCUGCUGGUGCUGACGCUGUUGGUGUGGGCGGCGGCGCGGUGGUCGUCGGGUGCGGCGUCGGAGGGCGCGUGCGUGUCGGGUCCGGCGGCGGCUGCGGCGGCGGCGCUGGUGUGCUCGAGCGCGGUGGGGAGCUGGUCGUGCUCGCAGCGGAGGCGGCAGCGGGUGUGCUCUGGGGAGGGCCCGCCCAAGGCCGACCUCAUGGCCUUCAGUCCUGGCUUGUCUCCCAGCAUCAACACAGCUGAAGCAAGUGAACAUCCACAAGGAAAUAUGGAUCUUUCCGGUAAUGUAAGUCCUUUAAUUCUGCUUUGA